AUGACGACUACUGUCAUGUUUCCACAUAGCAAUUCGUUCGGGGAACCAGAUCCAUAUGCUCGAAUCUCGGGACUGCCGUCAGGUUACGGGAGCUUUUUUAGUAGUAGUACCUUCAGCCCCACCGGAGCGACAGAACCGACCAACUACGAUAUCCACGCCUCGCAACACGAGAACCCUAGACAGGCACCUGUCCAUGACUGGAGCUCGUCUUCUCUGUCGAUAGUGCAGCCCCAGAACACACAACACUCAUUUGUUUCACAACCACACACCAACGCAGACCCGACGUCGACACCAAGCAUCAACCCAGUCGCUCUUUCAACCCCCACUUUUACGCCCGCCAACCGAACUACUGGAUACUAUGACAGCACCUCGACUAUCUCUCCAUCGCAGUCUCACUUUGAUACCAGCAACUCGGCAUCACCAGUCAGCUUCCCCGUACCCUCUCGCCGAGACAGCCUGUACCCUAAGGAGGGUGGCAGUCUAUACCCUCCAGGUGACGAGACACCCUCAAGGCGGCCCUCUACCGCCACCAACACAACAACAACACCAACAACGACGACAACGACAAUGGGGAGUACUCGGCGAAGGCGUAACUCAGAGUACGUAGAACCAGGCUCGGCGCGGGCCAUCUACCUCGAGAAGAACCGCCGGGCUGCAAGCAAGUGUCGGAGUAAACAAAAACACGAGCAAGAACAGCUUGUCGAAAGGUCGAGGCAGUAUGAGCGCAAGAACCGAAUGUUAAAGGCAGAGGUAGACAUGCUGCAGGCUGAGGUGCGGGCUCUCAAGGACCUGCUUGGCCAACAUGCCCAUUGUCCCGACCAGAGGAUAGCACAGUACCUGCAGAUGGAAGCAAGUCGCUUAGCUUCCUCACGAGACUACCGAGCGUCAUUUUGA